GUAUUUUUAAAAAAAAAUAUAUAAACUAAAAAAGAAACAAAAUUAUUAAUUACUUUACUGUAGUAAAUAGCAAAGUUAAAAUUUAUGAUUAAAUCAUAUUAAUCAUUAAAAAAAGUAAUUCUGAUAUAAAUGCAACAACGAAUCUUGUUUACUUCACAAAGGAAAUAAUUUGUAAAUUACGUUUGUUUAUUUUAGCUGCUUUUUGGAAUAUUACGUGCAGAAACCAACAUUCUUUUAUAAUCAUUACAUUUUAUGAGUCAAUGGUCAAAAUUUUGAAUAUUUGGAAUACAUUAUAAAAAGGAAAAAAAUGGAAUUGAGUAAUUUUGGUGCAACGAAAAAAAUGUCACGCGAAGAAAGACGAUAUUCCGUGCCACAUGGUCCAAAUUCACCACUACCACCUGCGGCCUCAGAAGAUUUACAUGCAUGGUCAAUAUACAGACAAAACUUAAAUUCUGAUUUUACUGACUCAGCUUUGGGGUCUUCUGACAAAUCACCGUUGCCAUAUGGAAAUUUUCAACUACGCGAUACAACAGUACAAUCAAUACUCAAUCAUCCGCGUUAUGGUCCCAAAUCACCAUUGGGCUCUAAUAUGUAUACGUAUUUGAAAUUUGGUUUACCACGUGUAUUUCCACCUAAUGCUGGUUCACAGCGAUCACAUCGUCCCGGGCCGGGUCCGGGUGGUAUGCGAGGUAAUGGUGGCGGAGGUGGAGUAAAUGGCCGAAUAAAUCGUGGUUUCCGUGAUAGUUCGGCAGGUCCAGCGGCUGGUUCAUCCGGUUAUGAUAGCAGUGACAAUGAAACUACUCGUAGUCGUGGUCCACCAAAUUUAAGAAAAUAUCGCAGUGAAUCGGAUUUUCGUGCCAUAGGUGGAAUACCCUCAUCACGUCCCGAUUCUAGAGCUCAAGGCAUACCAAUGUCUGCUUUACGACAAGCGAACAGCCGAGCUAGUAUAGCAGUUGGUACCCACGUUAAUACUCAUCAACAGUACAUACCCAAUGGCAAACACUAUGGUCAUCGUUCACACAGUGAAGCAGACUUACUGGCAGGUGGUAAUGAUGUUUACGAUUAUGGUGGCGGUGGAGAAUCUCGGCUUUAUGCUUCAUCACGUCAUCGUCAAAAUCAAAUGGAACAAGCUAAUGGUCACAUGGUUAACUAUGGCAUGACACAUCGUAAACGUUCAGAAAUCGGUUUGGUUUAUCCCAAUAUACAAGUACAUUGUUUAGAUGUUAAUCCCUGUUUAAGAGGUGUCUCCUUACAAGCUAAGGCGGGAGAUUUAUUUGCCAUAAUGGCAACAUCGCAGAAAGAGGGAACUGCCUUGACAGAAUGUUUAGCUGGCUUAAGGGAGCGUAUGGGUGGUGAAAUUUUAAUAAAUGGACAACAAAUAAAUCGUCGAGGUUUAAGAGAGUUGUGUAGUUAUGUGCCUGCUUUGAAUGCUUCUUCAUUGGAUCCGAGAAUGAGUGUACAGUGUACCUUGAAUUUCCAUGCCGCCUUAAGAGGACCCAUGGAUCGUAGUGAUUUAAAGGAAAGAAUGGAUGUUCUUAUUGAAGAUUUGGGCUUGACCACGGUGCGUGCUUCAAAUGUUUCCUCUUUAACACACUCGGAAAAACAACGUUUAAGUGUAGCCUGCCAAUUAUUGGCUCAAUCUUCAAUAUUGAUAUUGGAUCAGGUUACCUCAAAUAUGGACAUAUUUGAUACUUUCUUUUUAGUCGAAUAUUUACGACAAUGGUGCAGUGGUGGUCGCAUUGUUAUCAUGACUUUACAACCACCCACAUUUGAGAUUCUAUCUAUGUGUUCGGGUGUUCUCUUAUUAUCGGGUGGUAGGACAGUAUUUUCGGGUAGCCGUUCGGAUUUACCUCGUCAUAUGGGUGAAUUGGGCUAUCCUUGUCCACCUUUUAAAAAUCCAGCUGAUUAUUAUUUGGACCUAGUUACCUUGGAUGACUUAUCAGCGGCUGCAUUACUGGAGUCAUCUGCACGCAUUGAGUCAUUAGCUAACUCAUGGGAUCAAAUAAAUUCCGAACCCCCACUAGCAGCACCACCAAACAACAUGCCUAAUUUUAUACGUAAAGCUGGAUUCUUUGGACAAUUUAAAGCGUUAAUAAAGAGAUUUGCAGCUUAUAAACAACCUGGUUCUUUACUUACUUGGAUUAGUAAAUUAAUAUCGGCAGCUGUAUUAUCAUUAUGUAUUGGUUGUAUAUUCUGGGAUGUACCAGCUUCAGAUCCACAACUAACCUAUAAUGAUCGUUUGGGUUAUCACCAUUGUGUAAUGGCACUAAUGUAUUGGCCAUUACUUAUGUUGACCAUUAGAGAUACCCAAGAGGAUCGUAGACAUGCCGAGCGUGACAUACGUUUGGGCUUAUAUUCACGUUCGUUAUAUAUAAUAGUGCAGAGCUUAUUGGGCCUAUUUCCGAGUUUGUGCAUAUGGUUGGCCUAUUUAUUACCCGCCCAUAGUAUGGCCGGUUUGUAUACCUAUACCACCAGUAGUGACACCGGAAUUUAUCUUUAUAUGGGUUAUAUGCUGCUCUAUCUUACCGUCAUCCAAACCUUGGCCUUAUUCUGUGCUCAUUUAAUGCCUUGUAAAGUCUCUGCUAUGAUUGUCAAUACCUUGAUUACUUUAGGUUUGACCGCAGUCGGUGGUUAUUCGGUACAUCCCAAAAAUUUGUCAAAAAUAUGGUCUUGGUCUGAAUUGAUAUCACCUGAAAAAUGGCUUUUACCAGUUUUAGUACAAGAUGAGUAUAGUGUGGAAACUUUAGCUAAUUCAGCUGGUUUACAAUUGUGUCGCAAUAAACAGGUGCAACAUCAAGAGAUUAUUGUGCAACAACCCUGCCCACCGCCAAACGGUACACAAGUGCUAGUCGAUUAUCAUUUAUUGCCACAAGAUCAUAAACUUGAUCCAACAGAGACCUAUGAUCAAACCACUACGAUCGCAUUAGUCGUUGCCUCUGUGGUCAUAUUCUUUGUAACCUUUUGUGUAUUCGUUUGCAAUUGUCGCAAUAUAUUUUGCAAAAAACAAAAAAAGGCCUUCAAAGAUCGUUUUUAAAACUAGAGAGCAAGUGCAGAAUAGAUAAAUAAUCACAAGAUUUAAAAUAUUAACUAAAACCUAUACUAAAAUAGUGCUGCAAUACAUAUUUUAAUUUAAUUUUUAAUGUUUAAGUUUAACGACUUCCAUAGUUUUUAAAUAAGUUUUAAUAUAUAUUUUUUAUAAUUUAAUAUAUUAUUUUAUUAUGUUGCACAUUUUGAAUUAUGCAUUUAUUUUGUAAUGAGACAAAUUUUGAAAUUAAAUUUUAAAUAAAAUACAUUUAAAAAUUAAACAUAUUUUAUAUAAGCAGAAGAAUAUUUACUAAUUAUUGUUGCAAUUCUAAUAUAAGAAUGAAAAUAUAAUAAAUAUUUAACAAUAUUUUAAACUCGUUUUAAGUAAAAUUAAAUUUAUUUGAUUUAUUCAUUAUUGACUAAUUAUAGUCUUAAGAAAAGUUAUUGUAAAAUAUAAAUAAUAAUAAAAUUUAAAAAU